AUGGAAUCGAUUGCUGACGUCCAAGAUUCAAUUUACGGGAAGGGAAAUGGGCCGCCUAUUCUGCCCCACACAGACGACCCAAAGGCUGUAACACAUCCUCGUAAACAUCCCAGUGGGCACGGCGAGACUAAUCCUUACACUCCAACAACAGUGCAUGCAGAGAAAAAAUCCUCGGAUGAUGAGCUGGCUUUUCCAGCAUCUGAAUUGCCAGAGGGUUUUCCCCGCGAGCUGUCAUUCCGAGCUCUGGCAGCCUACUCAUUGAUUCGAACUUUGAGUAUACAACUGCGGCUGUCACCCUUCACACCCAAUGUAUUUUUACGAGCACUGAACCUCCCUUAUCCGAAUCGUUUGCUAGGGCAAAUUCAUGUGGCAAUUCUUCGUCUUUUACUCGGCAGUUUACGUAUGGGGUACCACUGGGGUAAGGGAUUUUCUCAAGUUGUGGCGAAGAAGCGAAAAUUGGAUGGAUUGCGUUGGCCUUUGCGAGCUGGUGAUAAUUUGGAAUUUCUGGACACCUUUUCAUGGCCAAUCUUUUACUACGAUUAUUGUCAUUUGACUGCUGAUAUCCUCCACACUGCAAUGACUGACACAACCGAUUAUGUAGACGUGCGUCAUCUGGAUACAUCAUCUAUCAAAUCAGAUCGGCUAGAGGGCGAGGAUCUUGAUUGCUCCGUCGGCCCAACAUCGUUUGACUCACCAUCAGUCAUAUAUUUGAAUAUUUUGGAGGAAGAAAAUGACGAGGACGAAUACAUGGCAGAAGAUGACUUUGUUCAAGCCGAUUCAGAUGAAGAUUUCGAUGCGUCAGAUCGGCCAAUGAAGAAGCGGAAAUCAUCGUUUUUCACCGCGGCGACAAAAUGUUGUACAUAUUCGGCAUCGGGGUCGCUAGUACAUGACACUUCUUUGCAAGAUCAAGCCCAAAUGGCAACAAUGCAACAAGAUGAAACCACCGCACACGAAACAUAUCUGCAUAAUGAGUAUUCAAACGUGUCAUCCAAUGGCACAAAAAUAGGGCUUAAAACGUGUUCAGCUUAUUUAUCGGGAAAAGUUCUGUCAAGUUCCUUUCCACCAACUCUACUCGAGACAAAAAAAGAGGAAACGGUUCAUGAUCUCGAAGUUCGGCUGGAAAGGUCCUUGGAUCGAAUGAAUGAAGAAGGGGGCUUCGGUGGCUCUUCUUGUAUCCCUAUGCACCCAGGGUCUCCUGUUCCAUUUUCGAUAGAAGGUGACACGAGCGUUUCUUCCACGGAUGUUCGGCAACCUGAUCGAAGGCGCGUGUACCAGAUACUCCCUGUAUGUUCUGAGUCGAGAAACGAGGUAAGUUCGCACCAACAAGAAGAGAAAAUUGAGAAUGAUGGAGUCGCCUUCAGGCACAGCUCAGAAUGUGAUAGCGAGAUAGCUUACGUCCUUGCUAAAAAGACGUACAGCGCAGACCAAUUCAAAUAUGAUCACGCACACAACGAACUUGCGACCAUAAUGGCUUCAACCGCGGCUGAUUGCUCAUUCUUUCAACCUACUCUAUCGGAAGAAGGGAAUAGCGCCAGAUGCAAGUCGAACAAAGACGACGCUUCAAGCAAGUUUACAGUGAAUGAAAUUUGUACUUCACCCCAAUCAGUUGGGUACAUCCAUAGUAAAGCAGCAAUAAGGGUUCAGACAUCAAAGCAACAUACGAAUGUGGAACACACUGCCUGUAAGAAUGAGCCACGUGAACUCGGAAUUGGUACGACUGAUGAUGACUCGUCCAGGGACAUAGAGCAUGCCUUAAAACCCAAUGAAGAAAAGGAGAGUAGGGAGACAGGAACCUCUUGCCUUUCGCGUGGCAAAUCUGAGCUCUCAGGCAGCAGCACGGAGUCACAUAAAUUUUCAGAUGUUGGCGAUCCGUGGGCUCACUUUCAACCACUUCUUCGGAUGCGCUCUGGUGAAUCAUAUUUUAGCCUUCCUCUUGAAGACAAAGUGACGAUUCUUGAAUUUCUGAUCGACGAAUUGCUAUCGGUCGAUGUUAUAGCGGCAGAAAUGGCACGGCGACACUUGUCGAAUUCAACACUUCGGUUUACCUGCGAACAAAAUCUUUCAGUUGCACAAUCACAGGCCGCAGACAAUGAGGAUGUGUGCGCUGUUUGUAGAAAAGAAGGCGAGCUACUGUGCUGUGACGGAUGUAUUUUCAGCUACCAUAAGAAGUGCCUUGGCAUAUCGGAAAAUGAGGAAAUAUCUGACGUCCGUUGGCAUUGCCCUGAAUGUACACUUGUAGAUCCUGCCAGCUUUGGAUCAUUCCAACAUGUCAGAAAGGAAUGCGUUGAGUGGUUUACAAAGGAGGAUUUAAAAAUGGAGCCUCAAUUGUUUGAAGGUCUCACAGAGCCCUUCUGCCAGUCUUUGUCAAAUUCAAAUUUUCUAUGUCCUCCAGUGCUCGAAUGUGUCAGUUCCAGAACAGAAAACCCUUCCGAAUUCUUGAUUGUUCACGGGUUUAUUUUUGGUCGCGCCUUGCGUGGGGCAAAUGCCGAUGUCAAUGUGUUGAACCUUGCACGUGUUCGACACAUGUUUCUAGGAUUACCACCGAAAAUUUUGUCCUCUUGGCCGUUUGCCCAGGUACCGUACGAUCCAAGCCACCUUUAUAAAGACUACAUCCUUGCAAGUGGCGCUCCUUAUUUCUCUGGACUGCCUGAGCUGUACGAUCCCUCAGUCUAUUUGAGCAAAUAUCGCUUGGCACCGUAUCCUCCACCUAUACGGAAAGAUGUUGAGCCUAGCGCUUUCGACUUCGAGCAUCAAUGUCAUCCGGCUAGUUACCUGGAAGUGUCGCGGAGACUUGACAGCCGCAUGUCGAACGAUAUGUCGGUCAUAAAAUUGCUUCGAAACCGUCUUUUCGACCAUUUCAAGAUGAUCAGAGAAUAUUUGUUGUCUCUCGAGAUUACUCUAGGGAGAGCCUGCCUCCUUGACGAAUUCUGGGGCACUCAUCGGAGUGCAACAGGUGGUACAACUAUCUGGGCUCGCAAUGUUAAAAUGGCAAAGUCUGCCCAACGGUUAUCAAACUUAGCGGUCAAACUCGUAGAUGCUACUCACCCCAGAGCAUUCCUGGAGACAUGGUUUGACCACGCUGUCAAGGUAAAAGGCUUUGACGCCAAAAACGGUACAGCUGUUUCCAAGGAAAUGAGCGACGCUAUUCCGAUAUGUCCGGAUAGCAACCCUACAUUAGAGUCUUUGAAUCGGCAUUGGGAACGAUGUCCCCCAUCUGCUAUCUUUUGUCUUCUUGCGAAGGAAGGUAAAAGUCUUAGUAACUGGGUUGGUGAGUAUAGACCAGAUCUUGUAGCGAAAGCUAUCCAUCGCUCGAAACGGAAGAAAGGAGUCGAAAAUUCUUCCCCCCAUUUAGCCGUCAAAAACAUGAAUGUUGGACCGAAGCGUUUAUCAGUGAACGGUCAUACUCCAGGGACGUUUGCUAGACGUGAACACCUUAGGGAAAAGAGAGAGUCGGCAGAUUCACCUGGAAGCUCUUCUUGUAUGCACAACUUCGAAAAAAGUGGAAAAGAACUGGUCGUGGAUUUGCCUGAUAAGGAACUGUUUAUGAAGCCUUUACGUAAGAGGAGGCGGUUUGAUCGAGGCCUCCCUGACAAGGCACAACUGGAGAACUUUGACCCAAAGAGCGUAACCAGCGCAAAAGCAAUUCUAGAAGCCAGGAAGCGAGCGAAAGUCACCAAGUUUGUGGAGCAACAAAAUCCUAUAUUUAUCAAAGAAAUGCCCUGGCCGGUCGCUGGUCGAAAGUUGUUUGAUCCUGUAGGGUCGCUGUCUCCGUCAAUCGUGCGGAGUCUAGCUCGAAGCGCUGGAGGGUUGCGGGCUCCCUUUGUCACGUACAUACCUUCCUACGAAGUAGGGCAAAUGUCGCACUACCAUGUUUGGAGAAAGCGCACCCGUUUGUGCGCAAGUUUCGAGGAGCUCAGCUAUUCUCUUCGAAUGCUACAAACGUUCGUGGAUACUGGGGUGGGUGCUCGGAAUGUUUAG